AUAAUGUUUUUCUGGCGGAUACAGUUGUUCGCGGUUUUUGUGCAGUAUUUUAUAGACAAAUGUAAAACUGCAGAACCAAAUAUUGUGAUAUUAUUUGCUGACGACGUAGGGUAUGGUGAUCUUGGAUGUUAUGGCCAUCCGACGACGUCCACGCCGCAUUUAGACAAACUGGCUGCGAAUGGAUUGCUGCUUACACAGUUUUAUGCGGGUAGCCCGGUAUGCAGCCCUUCCAGAGCCUCAUUAUUAACUGGACGUCUUCCCCCUCGCACUGGUGUGUAUCCUGGUGUAUUCCAAGCAAACGAUUCUGGUGGUCUUCCAUUGAACGAAACAACAAUUGCUGAAUUGUUGAAAACUGUGAACUAUCAAACUGGUAUGAUUGGAAAAUGGCAUCUUGGUGUGGGAGAAAAUCAAAAGUAUUUACCUACAAACUUUGGUUUCGACUAUUAUUUUGGUAUACCAUACACUCACGCCCAGUGCCCCUGUGUGACUUGCUUCUGGCCCAGAGAUUCUUGUUAUGGAUCUUGCAAACCAUAUUUUCCUGGAUGUCCUCUGUUUUACAACGAUGAGAUCGUGGACCAGCCAGUUGAUUUACUGACACUGAAUGAACAAUACGCUAAUGCUGCUCGGGAUUUCAUAGCGAAAAAUGCUCAAGAGAAAAAGCCUUUUUUUCUGUACUAUGCUUUCCAGCAUUGCCACCAUCCUCAGUUUGCAGGAAAAAAGUUCCGCAAUUCUACAUCACGGGGAGUCUUCGGUGAUUCAUUGGCCGAGAUUGAUUGGAGUGUUGGUCAGGUGAUUAAAGAAUUGAAACAACAGGACAUUGACAAAAAUACACUGGUCUUUUUCUCAUCGGAUAAUGGGCCUAGUAUCCAAUGGAAAACGAGAGGUGGUGUAGCUGGUCUGUUAAAAUGUGGUAAAGGUACCACGUAUGAAGGUGGACAGCGAGUACCGGGCAUAGCAUACUGGCCAGGUAUGAUUAAACCUGGUAGAUCUAUGGAAUUAGCAAGUACACUAGACUUACUACCAACGAUAGCAAAAAUGGUGAAUGGUAUACUACCAAAUGUUACACUGGAUGGUGUUGAUAUGGGACCCAUUCUGUUCACGCAAGACAAGGGAUUGAGGGACACAUUCUUUUACUACUAUCCACAAUCCAGGCAAGACAAAGGUGUUUAUGCGGUCAGAUAUCAUCAGUAUAAAGCACACUACUAUACUCGGGGCGCUUCUGAAAGUGGUGUUGAGAAUAAAGAUAAAGACUGUCGUCCAUCUGCAGAAUUAACCUGGCACAACCCACCAUUGCUAUUUGAUUUAAAUCAGGAUCCUUCUGAGUUGUACAAUCUGAAUUCACUUCCAGAGUACAAUGUUCUUCUGAAUGAGAUUCACCAAAUCUAUGAGCGCCAUGUUACCAGUAUGAAGUGGGCAGAGAGUGAAAUAAACAAAUACAAAGACCCUAAACUAGAGCCUUGUUGCAAACCAGGAUGUAAACCCUUCCCAUCUUGUUGUCAAUGUCAUAAAUUAGGUCACUCACAAUCCUUAACUUUCAAAUAA